CUACACUACAACAAGAUGUUCCGAUCAGUAGUCGUAUUUUUAGCUGUGACCUCUGCAAGUCUUGCGUUGAUGGUUCCGGAUCCUAAGCCAGAUAAAUUCAAGGACAUAGAGGGAUGCUAUGUUAAGGACAAUGAUGCCGUCAUACCGCUUGGGCAGUUUGUUCCAUCUAAAACUAGCUGUGUUGGGUACAGAUGUGGAGAAAAAUAUGUUACCAUUGAAUCUUGCAGUGUUGCGGUUGCGGUGCCUCCUUGUAAAUUAGUGAGCCAUGAAGAUGUCACCUUACACCCGUACCCUAAAUGCUGUCCAACUAUUGAAUGUUAAACUAAUAAAUGAAAUUUCCUUUAUUAUUAGAUACGUGCCACUUACUAUAUUAUAAGUGGCCGGCCAACUGGAAUUUCUAGAUUAAAUUCAAAUUCAAAUUCAUUUAUUCGUUUAGGUAACACAAUGCACACCUAUGAACAAUAAAUACAUACAUGUUAAAUGCUAAAUCCUUCUAAUUUUACAAGCAUAGUAACAGACAAUCCCUGUGAUAUCGUUCCACUUACCUUUUGAAUUCCAUCGCUCAAGUUGAAAUUCUUAAGUUUUAGUAGUUUCCUCCAAUGCCAUAGUGUUGAAGUUUUUUGCUUAGGAUUUCGUGAUGGACACAGUCAAAAACAUGUGAUAAAUUGCAAAGAAACUCCAAAUGCAUCAUGAGAAUUUUCCCAAGCAUUUAAAAUCUCGGAAAUUAAUUUAAUGCCAGAAGUGGAGCGACCUCUAGUAAAACCAUACUGCUAGCUAUGCAUAAGUUUAUUAUUAUUGAAGUGUAUCAAAAAAUUUACUUAAUGCAGGCAGCACAGAUAUAACUCUAAAAUUUGUGGGGUCAGAAGUGCUGCCCGUUUUGAAUUAAACGGUGUGAUUUUACUUAGCUUCAUCUGGUCUGAAAAGGCUCCACAAUCUAUACAUUCAUUAUUAAAUGUUAUAGCUAACUCCGAACUGAUAGCAUUAAUUACUGAUUGUAAAAUGAAUACAGAUACACCCCAAAGAUC